AUGGCGGGGGGCUUCUUUGAUCCCCCGGUCUCCCGCCGCUGCAGUGCGUCUGACACCGGGGUAGGAUCAAGCAAAAUAUCUUCAGUGUCACGUCAAGCAUCAUCGCCCCUGCCGAAUGAUGGUUUCCAGGGCCAGCAGACAUAUCGGGACGGAGAAUUGAAUCAUGUUUGCGCACAGGGCAGGCAUCGGAAUGCUAGCCUGCUCCAAACAACCAAUCGAGUCAAGUUCACGGCAGAUGAGACAGAGCUAUUGGAACCCUCUGCCGGAGCUAUGGUCGAAUGCCCGCUGGAUUGCAGGGGCAAUGUGUCCCCUCAAAAGCCAUUACCCACCGCCAACAUUCCUUUCACACAGGCAACAAGGCCCUUGGACCCUCCUUCUGAUCCCUCACUGGUGGAUGAAAGCCCCAGCGCGCCUGCCGAUGUCACUGGCUUGACGAUCAGCUACCAGGCAAGCUCAUCGGGCGUCGGAACGUCAGAGGAGCUUGGACAAGGUACAAAUGACAAAGGGCGGGCACUAUUAUAUGCAAAGGAGAGGGUCCAGCGGCUAGCAUCCCUUCUGAGUCGUCCCCCAAAAUCUCCGAAGCCAAAUUCCCGCGCUAGCUUAGUGUCUUCAAUUGCUUCUACUCCAACAGACGUGUUUCAAGUUGAAUAUGGGGAUAAGAUUCCUAUGAUCGGCUGUCCUGAAAAACAAAAAAUAUUUGACGACUUGACCGACGAGGAUGAAUACACACCACGCACUGGCGAAGCUUUUCAUACUGUGCGACAAAUGUCCCGUCGAGACUUACCCUUCUUGCCUCGCAUUCAUCCUCCUUCUCCGGGUCCUCUCCCUCGCCAAUCCACUUCUAGUGAUGGCAGAGAUUCAGAGACCUAUGCUGAACGGCCGAAACAUCAUCGUGGAGGCGUUCUAUCCUCCAUCCUGAAGCUGUACGAUCAGCAGACUGGCGCUCCACCAGAUUAUAACCCCCACCGUGGCCGGUGGGGACGUUCCAGAAAGGGGAGUUCCUCGGAAUUUAGUGAAUAUGAAUUCGCUCCUGAUCCUAUCUGGAGACCGCACCGUCCUAGAAAAUGGUACGAAAAAUCAUCCAGCCGGUCGAGCAGCACUCUCGCUGGAUCUGGCUCAUCAAAGAGCACGUCUCCCAUGUCUCCCAUUGCCAUGCUGAAGCGAUCCCGUAGCAGCGGUGCAAUUGGGGGUAUGGGCCGGCGAUGGGCCAAGGCAGAUCACCUUGCAGAUGAAAUCCGGAUCACGGUUCAUAUUGCAGCGAUCCUCUCCCGCCAAAAAUACCUGAUCCGACUUUGUCGCGCGCUGAUGAAGUACGGUGCUCCGACCCAUCGAAUGGAAGAGUACAUGCGGAUGACUGCCCGUGUACUAGAGAUCGAUGGGCAGUUCUUGUAUUUCCCCGGCUGUAUGAUCAUCUCCUUUGAUGACGCCUCCACGCACACGACGGAGGUCAAAGUGGUUCGGUCCAGACAAGGAAUCGACCUUGGUCGUCUGGCUGAUGUACACGAAAUCUACAAGGAGGUGAUUCACGACGUGAUAGGAGUGGAAGAGGCUAUUCGGCGCUUGGAUGACACGACAUCAAGACCCAACAAAUACCACUUGUUACUCCAAAUCUUAGCCCAUGGCUGUGCAAGCGCAUGCGUGGGUCCGUUCGCAUUCAAUGCACGACCAAUCGAUAUGCCAAUUGCUUUCUUACUAGGAUGUCUCCUAGGCAUCUUGCAGCUGAUCCUCUCGCCAAAAUCCAGCCUCUACUCGAACGUUUUCGAGAUCUCAGCUGCAGUGCUAACAUCCUUCCUGGCUCGCGCCUUCGGAAGCAUCCGAUACCAAGGCGAGCCACUCUUCUGCUUCUCUGCACUAGCACAAUCAUCCAUUGCCCUGAUCUUACCAGGCUACACGGUCCUGUGCGCAAGUCUCGAACUCCAAUCAGGCAGCAUAAUCGCAGGCUCCGUCAGGAUGGUCUACGCAAUAAUCUACUCCCUAUUCCUGGGCUUCGGCAUAACAAUCGGCACAGCAGUCUACGGCCUCCUAGACGCUCAAGCUGCAACGGAAUAUACUUGCCCCGCAAGCCCUAUCACCAACGAAUAUCUUCAACAUUUCCCAUUCGUCAUCCUCUUCACAAUCUGUCUAGCCCUCGUCAAUCAAUCAAAAUUAAAACAGAUCCCAACUAUGAUCGUCAUCUCUUUCGCAGGCUACGUCGUCAGCUACUUCAGCGGAAAACGCUUCUACUCCAAUACCCAAGUCUCCAACGCCCUCGGCGCAUUCGUCAUAGGACUCCUGGGAAAUUUAUACAGUCGCCUCCGCCACGGCCUCGCAGCCGCAGCAAUGCUACCUGCUAUCUGGGUCCUCGUACCUUCCGGCCUGGCAGCUAGUGGAUCCUUGAUCUCAGGAAUAAAUACCGCGGAAGAAAUGACCCGUACCCCACAUUCCGUUGUGAGCAACGGAACACAAGGCUUUGUUGACGCGGCGAAGAAUUUCUCUGCUUCUGCAGCUAAGACUCAGAGCUAUGGUGUUGCUUUUGAUAUUGGCUAUAGCAUGGUUCAGGUUGCUAUUGGAACGACGGUGGGUCUUUUUUUGGCUGCACUCGUGGUUUAUCCCUUAGGCAAGAAGCGGAGUGGACUGUUCAGUUUCUGA